UGCGGGAGCUGGAGGCCCAGGUGCAGGCGGCCUAUGGGCAGACUCACUGGGAGCAGCUGGGGCUGGCGGGAGCCCACAGCCUCCGAGAGGCCCAGCCCAGCGGCCUGGCAUGGUUCCUGGGCCCAUGGGAAACUGUGCCAAGCGGCCCCGACACUGGGGACCUCAGGGCAGUUGGCUGUGGCCCGGCUCCCGCUCAGGGGGCUCCCCCCACAGCCCCAAGGAGCCGGGGGGCCCCAGACGGGGCGUCCAGGGCUACUCGGUGCUCAGCAGCCUGGUGGGGCCUGCCUGCAUCUUCCUGCGGCCCAGCAUCGCUGCCACCCAGCUUGACCGGGAGCUGCGGCCGGAGGAGAUUGAAGAGCUGCAGGCCGCCUUCCAGGAGUUUGACCGAGACCGGGACGGCUACAUCGGCUAUGGGGACCUGGGUGCCUGCAUGCGGACGAUGGGCUACAUGCCCACUGAGAUGGAGCUCAUCGAGAUUUCACAGCAGAUCAGUGGCGGGAAGGUGGACUUUGAAGACUUUGUGGAGCUGAUGGGCCCCAAGCUGCUGGCCGAGACGGCAGACAUGAUUGGCGUCCGGGAGCUGCGGGAUGCCUUCCGAGAGUUUGACACCAAUAGGGAUGGCUGCAUCAGCCUGGGCGAGCUCCGGGCAGCCCUCAAGGUCCUGCUGGGGGAGCGCCUCACCCAGCGGGAGGUGGACGAGAUCCUUCAAGACAUUGACCUCAACGGGGACGGCCUGAUCGACUUUGAAGAGUUUGUGCGAAUGAUGUCUCGCUGAGCCUGCGCAGAAGCUGGAGGCAGCGGAGAGGACUUGAGACCACAGCCACUGCCCACGAGUGCGUUCCUGGAAGCCCACUGCCUCCAGCUGGGACCCUCUGCCUCUUCCCCCCAUUCCCCACCUGUGUGCAAUGCCCUUGCCUGCCCUCACCCCACCCACACUCCCCACCAAGCCCAUCUCUGUUUCUCUGAUAAUAAAGUACCGUCAGACCUGGA